UGUGUGUGUGUGUGUGUGUGUGAGUGAGUGAGUGAGUGAGUGAGUGAGUGAGUGAGUGUGUGUGUGUGUGUGUGUGUGUGUGUGUGUGAGUGUGAGUGUUGGAGAAUAAUUCAGUUCGAGUGUUAAAGAAAGAACCAGAAAUGGAAAGUGUGGUGUUGUCCAGACUUCCUCCUGAUGAAAGCAAACUGCUGGGAGUUCAGUCCCAGCAUGGUGAAGCUGCUGAGAAGUUCACCAGAGCCUUCCUGAAGAGCAGCACUCCUCAGCUGAGCUCCAGGGCGGUGGAGGACGCUCUGCAGCGUAAAGCCGUGAUGCUGCAGUACGCUCGAGAGAAGAGGAAGAGAGGAGCGAAGACCAAGGCUAAAGGACUGACCGCUCGAGAGAGGAGAGCACUGCGAGUGUUCCAGCUGAAACCUGAACAUCAGAAGUACGAUCUCUUCCUGCCGCUGCAUGACCUGUGGACGCAGUACAUCACUGACCUGUGUAACGGCCUCAGACCAGAGAGUAACCCUCAUGUGAUGCAGCAGAAGCUCCUGAAGGCAGAUUUUCAUGGAGCUAUUCUAACAGUUGUUCGCUCUAAGUGCCCCUCAUAUGUGGGCUCCACGGGGAUCCUGGUGCAGGAGCUGAAACAUGUGUUUACGAUCAUCACCAAGGAAAACAGACUGAAGAUCAUUCCUAAGAGGAACAGUGUGUUCAGUGUGGACAUGGGAGAUUUUGUCACUCAUAUUUACGGCAGUAAGUUCCAGUUUCGUUCCAGCGAGAGAUCAGCCAAAAAAUUCAAAACCAGAGGCACCAUCGACCUGUGAAGAUCCUCCUGACCACACACUGGGCUCUCCAGGGAGAACCUGCUCUCCAGAUUCUGUCAUGGUCAUUUAGAGCCUGGAUAAAAUUUGUUUCUGGAUCAGAGAGACAGAGAGUGUCUGUAAUUUCAGCUUCUGUUUAGAAAUUCAGGCUGUGUUCCAAUAACCUCCUCUUACUCUCAGCUCCUUCAGGAGUGUGUAUCUGAGUGUAUGGCUCUGUAGUCUCUCUCACUCACUCACUCACUCACUCACUCACUCACUCACUCACUCACUCACUCACACACACACACACACACACACACACACACACACACACACACACACACACACACACACACACACUGGAGCUGAUGUCUGAGGUUAGAGAAUGAGGUGAAAGAGUUAAACUGAGUUGGAACACAGCACCACGAUGCUGUCUGGGUUCUGGACACUAGGGGGCGACAUUCUCUCUCUUCAUUUAUCUUCACUGGAGAGGUUGAAUAUUUUAUUUAUUUCUUUUUUUGUUUGUUUUUUUUAACAUGACUUGUAGUUCAUGUACGAAUUCAGGAAGUUACCUUACUGAUUAAUUAACAAGCGUCACAAGUCCAUCCUUGUUUCUGUUUUAUUUAAAUCCUCACUCGUUAAGUCUGCUUUAAUUUCAUCCAGAAGUUAAAUGGACCAAACACUCGGCCUUUUGCGGUGGAACAGAGAUUUGGUGUCUCUGACCCCUGACCCUAACACUAGCCCUGGGCACCUCCUGCGUCCGUGUUUAAGAAGAACUGCUCCUUAAAUCUACAACAAACAGCAUGAACAGUGUGUGAUGUAACUCCACUAAAAUAUACUGAAUUAAUAAAAGUCACUCAGUUACA